CGUGACCCACGCUGGCCGCCAUUGUACUGUAUAAACAACGACCGGGACGGUGUUGAACGGCGACCGAGUGCGUGUUUUAUUAAUUCUAAUAGAUAAUUAUAAAAUAUAAUAUUUAAAAUGUCCGAUGUUGAAUCAGCGAAUACCAACAACUCUGUAAAUGAGGAAAAUAACCAGACUACCAAAUCCAAAAGGUCGAGGAAGUCUAAUUCUCCUAGAAAUGAAGCAGUAACUAAAGGAUUAGGACCUGAAGUAGAAGGUAGGAGGCGAACAAGAUCUGCUGCUAAAGGUGUAACAGCAACACCACCACCACCUGCCAAAAAAGAACGUCGCAGUCGAGCAAAAAAAAGCACAAGUGUUGAUGAGAGUGAGGCGACAAUCAACAAUGAAAGUUCUGAAGAAGUGAAAACAAAUGAAGAAGAAGAAAAAAAUGAAGCAGAAUCAACAGAAAACAACUCUCAUGAUGAAAAGGAAGAAACCGCAAACAACAAUGCUGAAUCCACAAAAGAACCUGAAGCGACUGAAAAUGGCGCUAAAGAAGACAGUGUUGAUGCAUCAGAAGAGGAAAAGAAAGAUGAAGAAGUAAAAGAGCCUACAGAAGAAAACAGCAGUGCUGCUAGCUCAGCAGCAGAAACAGAACCUGAGAAGAAUUCCGAAUAAAUAUUAACUGUAUGACUUUUAAUACUGUAGGAUAUAAAGUGACAUGUAAUUUAACAGUUUUAGGCAUUGUGAUCGCAAAUGAUGAAAAAAGUUCGUUUAUUUCUAAGGAUUAAGUCGUACGAGGUUAACAAUUGUGUCAUUUCAAGUCAUGUCGAACAAUUACUUUUAAAUAUAUGAUUAUAGUAGAUUAUCACUUUAUUUACUUUGUACAUUUUGACUUUUUAAUAGUAAUUGUUGGACAAAUGUUAGAAACCUACAGUUUUUUCUUGAUAAGUAUAAGUACAUAUUUCCAUAUGUACCUGAAUCUCUAUUCAUAUAGCAAAGUUUUAAUAUGAAGUACAGGUUAGUUUUGGUUGUCUUGUCAGUCAUCACCACCGUUUUUAUUUAGUUGAUAUUAGUGAAACACUUAUUUGAUUUGGUGACAACCAUAAUGUCGUUAACUUGUUUUUCUGUAAUCAGAUUGUUAAAUAUAGGUAUUGACUUCGGAAUUUUUUUUUAUUUGAGAUAUCUCAAAAAAUAGAGUGGAGUCAUUUGGAUUUGAAGCAUUGCAUGGAGUGUGUCCCUAAAUAAAAAUACAAUUAAGUGAUUGCUGUAGAAAAAUUUCUCAGUUAAUUAAGAUUUGUGGUCAAGAAUUUUUUUUGUCAGUAAUUAAUUUAUGAAUUUUCAAUCCGAAAACUUUGCUACUUUUAUAUAUCUGACCAAUUUCGAAAACUAUUUCUUAAAUCCACAGCCUGUUGAAAACAAUCAGGAAAUGGUUAACGCUCAAAGUCUUUGGAAUGAAGAACAUAUCAGGCUAAGAAAUGAACAUUUAAUGUUUUCUGUACAUUUUCAGUUUUCAACACAUCUUCAAGAAAUGUGUUUACUUUGAUCCUGAAUCAAAGAAAUGAACAUUAUUCUGUUAAUCCACCAUAUGUUCUUCGAAAUCCAUUCAUUUUCCACUAGAUUUAAAAAUUAAUAAUUUAUCCAAAGUAACUUAUUAAAAACCCAAAAUUAGUGCCAGCACAAGAAAGGUUUAUAUAUUCUGAUAAUUAACAUGAAAUCUAUACGUACUUAGUAUACAAGAAAGUAGUGUUUUCAGAGAUGUACAUAUAGCGAUUUUGUUAAAACGAAAGAGAUUCAUACAAUGGCAUUGUGUUUUAAGUCGAUAUAUAUUUUUUUCGAUAAUUGUGUGCAGAAAAUUUAAUUUCUUGCAAAUAAUAUAUAUUUAUACACAAUAUGAAUAUAAGCUACUUGGUUCAAUAUUUCAGAUUGCUAUUGUAGUAAAAUUUUGUUAUUUCAACUCGUCAUCUAAAAUAAAUUUUCUGGUUUUAUAUUUAUUAUGUAAUAAACCUGUAUGUUUCAUUGAAUGUGAAAUAAAUUUCCAUUAGAUAAACCCUUA